AUGGCAUUUCGCUCGGCAGACAACGACUUAAGCACAUUCCAUUUCCGUCAAAAAUUGCAGUCAAGUCUCAUCAUCUUGGUGCUGGUCUUCUUGUGGCAUAUCUCCUUCCCGAACCUCCUCAGUCUGUUUAGUUGGGCCAUGAUAUUUCGAACCCCGCGGCCCGGACCAGGCAACGGGCGACUAGGGUUCGAAUCCGACAGCUCGGUCCAAGGUCUGCUGCUCUUUGAUCCCAACUCUUCUCUUCGCUCUCCAGUCCCUGUUCAUCAAGAUCCCAACCUCCCGCUGACAACAAGUUACUGGCUGGCAUAUCAUUCGAUCAGGUCUUUCCCAACUAUGGAGCCUUCCAGCAAAUAUGUUGCGCUGGUCUUCGGGGCUAAUGGGAUCUCCGGAUGGGCCGUCACAAACAAUCUGUUCAUUUAUCCCACAGCAUCCACAUUUUGCCGCAUUAUUGGUCUAACAAACCGACCGAUGGACCUGUCAGGAAGCCAGCUUCCCAAGAAUGAUCCUCGUUUGGAGAUUUACUCUGGCAUCAACUUACGUGAGGACAUCGAGACUAUCAAGGAGCAAAUGAAAAUCAAGAUCCCCAACAUGCAGGACAUCACGCAUGUGUACUACUGUGCAUAUUCAGUCGACGUCAUGAAGAUUCGUAAUAUCAACGUCACCAUGACUCGAAACGCUGUCAAGGCGGUUGAUGAGAUCUGCUCAAGUCUGAAAUUUCUGAGUUUGCAGACUGGCACCAACGACAAGAUUGAGAUACAUCCUCCAUUGAAAGAGUCUCAGCCGCGAAUUCCGUCUCCAUACGGAGAUGAAAUCUUCUACUACGGGCAAGUAGAUGCUAUCGAGGAGCUACAGAAGGGCAAAUCCUGGAGAUGGUGUGAAGUUCGCCCCGAUGCAAUUGUCGGCUUCGUUUCUGGUACGACUUCAAUCAUGACGUUUCUUGAGCCGACCGCUCUUUUCCUUGCGCUCUGGCGUUAUGUCCAUGGGCCCGGAGCCGAAAUCAAGUUCAUUGGUACAGCUACGAACUACACCCACACCAACACAGACUCAUCGCAGGAUAUUAUUGCAAAGUCUCAUAUUUAUUUAUCGACCGUGAAGCCAGAAGAAUCGAACGGGGAAGCUUUCAAUACUGCUGAUAAUGCAACUCCAGUUUCCUGGGUGGAGCGAUGGCCUGUCAUGGUCGAUUAUUUCGGGCUGCAGGGAACGCCUCCAGUUGAGGGAGCCCAGACAACGUUUCCGGUCGAAAAGUGGUGGGAAGAACACCAAGGUGACUACAAGAGGAUGUGUGCCGAGUAUGGCUUGAAGCACCGUGAUAUACCAGCUGCGUCUUGGAUAUUCACGAUGGGGGUCGGCUUUUCUCUCUUACAGAGAAAUCGGGCAAUGUGUCUGGAUAAGAUCCGGUCUGUUGGGUUUAAGGAAGAGUUGGGCAUGACCGAAGGCUAUCUCAUCGCCUUUGAUCGCAUGGUUGCUGCUAACAUUCUUCCCCCGCGGAAAUUGAUUGGAACUCUGAUAUCUCCAGUGAAGCGCUUGGCGUCGCAGAAGAUACGCCGGCUGAAUGUAACCCUGUUUUGUGCACACGCAGAGCUGCAUAAACUCCAACCUCCUGUAUCAUUCACUACGAAUGGAGCCCGAGUCUAUAUGUGUGCAGCGGGGUUUCCUGGUAAACCCCUCAUAAGUCAGCUGCUCAUUUUCUCAUUUCGACCUUCAUCGGAACACGUUGACGCCCAGAAGCCCUCGACCAUGUCUCUUUGUCAAGAUUGCCGUCAGCUUGAUCUUGCUGACCUAGUUGAUGAGGAAUACGAAGUUCAAGACAUUAUUCUUCAUUCUUCAAUCGCUGAUCUCGAGAGAAAUGUUUCUGCGUGCGAUUUGUGUCAACUCUUCCACACAUCUAUCACCGAAAAGCUCCGGGUCGAGGGAGUCAGUGUUGACCAAGAGGCUUGGUAUGACACAGACUCGCCGGUUAUCUUGCGGGGCACUCAGUACAAAGAUGAGAAGUACGAGUCUCGGGGACUCUUUUGGGUCAAGGUCCGCUGCGAUCGCCUGAGCCCGAGGGCAUACUGCUAUUUCAGCUUCUAUCCCAAAGACGAGACGACCCGGCUAGAGAACUCCAUCCUAGGCAGACCCAUCAAACGUCCCGCUAAGCAACUCAGUCUUGUGAAAGACUGGGUGCGCGAGUGUGAAGACCACCACCAGAGUUGCCAUUCAGCCCCUGCUACUCUGCCCACACGAGUUGUAGAUGUUGGUGUCGAAGGAGUGAGGGAGCCUCGGCUCGUUGUGACGAGUGGAGAAGUCGGCCGAUACAUGACAUUAAGUCACUGUUGGGGCUUACAUCCUGUUAUUCGCACCACUAGCGAGACAAUUAAUGGCCACAUCAAGUCGUUGCCAAUGUCCAAGUUACCUCCGACGUUCAGAGACGCAGUCUUGAUAACGAGGUCACUUGGCGUUCAGUAUCUAUGGAUCGACUCCCUCUGCAUCGUACAGGACUCAAAAGAGGACUGGGAACUCGAGAGUGUGAAGAUGGGCACUAUCUACGCCUCUUCAUGUCUGACUAUCGCUGCCUCAGCGUCCGCAGACUCCACAGGGGGUUGCUUCUUACCGCGUUCAACUUCAAAUCACGUUCAAGUUAAGUGUACUCGGAAGACGAACGAUGAAUCGGUGUCUAUUCCCGUAUUCUUACGACCUAGACCUCGUGACUUCAGUCACCUACCACAAAGCAUCCUACAUUCACGUGCGUGGGUAACGCAAGAGCGCCUGCUAUCUGCCCGAAUGGUACACUACGACUCUGAUCAACUUCUUUGGGAAUGUCGUGAAUCUCGUCUGGCAGAAGACGGGGUACCGACGGAUGCAUUCGCAGUGCAAAAGUUAUACGAUAUGGUAUCGGCAUAUAGUAGAAGAGGCAUCACCAAGUCCUACGACCGGCUACCAGCGCUUUCCGGUCUCGCCAAGGUGAUGGAGGAAUGCACCGGGCAGCGAUACCUUGCCGGGUUGUGGAAGUACCACCUGCAUUAUGGGUUGCUUUGGAGGAGAAGCGAGAAUUGGCUUGAAACCCCGUCAGAUGGCUUUCGCGCCCCAAGUUGGAGUUGGGCGUCUUUGGAAGGCGCUGUCAUGAUGCCCGAGAUCGGAAACAUUCUGCCCUCGGGAAACGAGAUGGAGGUGGUGGUGAGGAUUACUCAAGCAGAGACAACGCCACUCGGCUUGGACCCGAGGGGUAUGUUGAAAUCGGGAUAUCUGCAGCUAGAAGGAAAGCUCAGACUAGCCGAUCCAAGAGAAAACCCAGAAUCCCCGGGUUAUCAGAGGUUCUCGACCUAUCGGAAAGAGUUAGCAAUUGAUUUGCUCAAGGAGAAUGGGAUCAUGGUCGGAUUAGCAGUGUUCGACAAGGAUUACUGCGGAAGUAACAUCCCUCUCUACUACUUACAGGUGUCGAGAAGAGUCAAAGAGCCAAGCCGUUGGUACGGGCUCCUGCUAGAGGCAACAAGCCAGCCGCAAGAGUUCCGUCGUGUUAGCUUCUGCCGCACGGAAGAAUAUCCACUUCGAGACUGGUUCGCGCAUGUCGCUGAAGAGAUGAUCACGAUAGUUUGA